AUGGCGUGUGGCAGCAGGAAGGUCACCAUCCAGCUGGUAGAUGAAGAGGCAGGACCUGGAGCAGGGGACCCGAAGCCUUUUAGAGGCCAGAACUAUGAGGCAAUCCGAGCAGCCUGCCUGGAUGAGGGGAUCCUGUUUCGUGAUCCCUACUUCCCUGCUGGCCCUGAUGCCCUAGGCUAUGACCAGCUGGGGCCAGACUCAGAGAAGGCCAAAGGGGUGAAAUGGAUGAGACCCCAUGAGUUUUGUGCUGAGCCCCAGUUCAUCUGUGAGGACAUGAGCCGGACAGACGUGUGUCAGGGGAGUCUGGGUAACUGCUGGUUCCUUGCGGCUGCCGCUUCCCUCACUCUCUACCCCCGACUCCUGUGCCGAGUGGUGCCCCCUGGACAGAGUUUCCAAGACGGCUAUGCUGGCAUCUUCCACUUCCAGCUCUGGCAGUUUGGCCACUGGGUGGAUGUUGUGGUGGACGACAAGCUGCCUGUGCGUGAGGGGAAGCUGAUGUUCCUGCGCUCGGAGCAGCGGAACGAGUUCUGGGCCCCCCUUCUGGAAAAGGCCUAUGCCAAGCUCCAUGGCUCCUAUGAGGUGAUGCGAGGAGGCCACAUGAAUGAGGCUUUCGUGGACUUCACAGGCGGCGUGGGCGAGGUGUUCUACCUGAGGCAAGACACUCCAGGCCUCUUCGUGGCCCUGUGCCACGCCCUGGCCAAGGAGUCGCUCGUGGGUGCCACCGCCCUGAGUGAUCAGGGCGAGUACCGUACAGAAGAUGGGCUGGUGAAGGGACACGCGUAUUCAGUCACAGGCACGCACAAGGUGUCACUGGGCUUCACCAAGGUGCGGCUGCUGAGGCUGCGGAACCCGUGGGGCCGCGUGGAGUGGACCGGGGCCUGGAGCGACAGCUGCCCACGCUGGGACGUGCUCCCCACUGAGUGGCGAGAUGCCCUGCUGGUGAAGAAGGAGGAUGGAGAGUUCUGGAUGGAGCUGCAGGACUUCCUCCACCACUUUGACACCGUCCAGAUCUGCUCGCUGAGCCCUGAGGUGCUGGGCCCCAGCCCGGCUGGAGGGGGCUGGCACAUCCAUAUCUUCCAAGGCCGCUGGGUGCGAGGCUUCAACUCGGGUGGGAGCCAGCCUGCUGCCGAAACCUUUUGGACCAACCCCCAGUUCCGGCUGACGCUGCUGGAGCCUGAUGAGGAGGAGGACGAGGGGGACGAAGGGCCCUGGGGGUGCUGGGGCCCAGCAGGGGCUCGGGGCCCUGCUCGACGGGGCCGCAUCCCCAAGUGCACUGUCCUCCUGUCACUCAUCCAGCGCAACCGGCGGUGCCUGAGGGCCCAGGGCCUCACUUACCUCACUGUGGGCUUCCACGUGUUCCAGAUCCCAGAGCAGCUGCUGGGCAUCUGGGACUCCCCGCACAGUCGCGCGCACCUGCGGGGCCUGUUGUGCGCUGACCGUUCGCCCUUCUGCGCCCGUCGCGACGUGAGCCGCCGCUGCCGCUUGCGCCCCGGCCACUACCUGGUAGUGCCCAGUGCCGCCCGGGCUGGCGACGAGGCCGACUUCACACUGCGUGUCUUCUCCGAGCACCGCCACACCGCCGUGGAGAUCGACGACGUGAUCAGCGCCGAUGUGCAUGCUCUCACGGCCCCUAACAGUCCCCUGGAGCUGGGGUUGGAGCAGCUGUUUCAGGAGCUGGCAGGAGAGGAGGAGGAGCUCGGUGCCCCUCAGCUCCAGACCUUAUUAAGCAUCGCCCUGGAGCCUGCUAGGGCCCACACCUGGAUUCCCAGAGAGAUCGGGCUGAGGACCUGUGAGCAGCUGCUGCGGUGUUUUGGGCAUGGCCGAAGCCUGGCCCUGCACCACCUCCAGGAGCUCUGGGGCUACCUUCGAAAGUGGCAGGCCAUAUUUGACAAGUUCGACCAGGAUGCCUCUGGAACCAUGAACUCCCACGAGCUGAGGCUGGCGCUGAAUGCUGCAGGCUUCCACCUCAACAACCAGCUGACCCAGGCCCUUACUAGUCGCUACCGGGACAGCCGUCUGCGUGUGGACUUCGAGCACUUUGUGUCCUGUGCGGCCCAGCUUACCUACAUCUUCCGCCACUGCAGCAGGCACCUGGAUGGGGGUGAGGGGGUCGUAUGCCUGACCCACAGACAGUGGAUGGAGGUGGCCACCUUUGCCUAG